AUGGCACAAUCACAAAAGGAUGCCGUUGCGGAACAUUUAUGCGAUACCAAUCAACCCCUUCGGCCGAUUUUGACAUCUCUCAAUGGUGAUAAUAGCUGGUUGAUGUCGUUCCCGAGACCAAAAGCAGAACAGGUUGCAACUAGGAAGGCAUUCUAUCAUGUUACUUUCGAGCCUUGGCUCAGAGGGCCUGCAUAUGUUAUCAGCCCAUGGCUGGUUCACAUCAAGAUAGCCAAUAAUCCUGAGAUUCUGACUUUUGAAAGCCUAGAAAAUAUGAUUCGGGAGAUUGAACAGGCUGCUGCUGUACGCUUGGCAUUUAUGGAAGAGGGACACGCCGCUCAACACUGUACAGCAAGCCCUUUGGAUGCUAUCCUGCUUGGUUUCUAUUAUUCCGACCAUUUGCACCCUCCGACUCUAAAAUUGUUUCCUCCAGAUAUUCCUGUCAUUGUAACACAUCCAGGAGCUGAAAUCAUCUAUACUUGGAACCGCUUCAAAACAGUUCGAGUGAUCAGCAAUUUGGACCCCUCAGCAACAUCAUGGCAGACCCCAGACCUUCAUCCAGGAGAGCCAUUACCCAAAUGGCUCACACCGAUAUUCUUACCUGGAAGUAGCAUUUUGAACUUUGUCUUCACUAUCAUCUGGACACAUACUGUUGAUGGCCGAGAAGUCCACGAGACCAUCUUGGACUCUCCUCACGGCAUCCACCUGGAGGAAGAGAUACUCAACACAUUUCUCAACUCGGAGCCCAAGACGAGGAAGUUGGCCAUGCUCCAUGGUCUUAAGGAAAGUCACACCGGUGGUAGAAAGACUACAUUCGGAGCAAAAGGCGGACUGGGACUUUAUCGAAAGGUUGGGGGCGUUAACCAUUGGGUGGUUAGCCACUCUGCUGAGAUGUCAUAUAGUGGGUUGAUCAUGAGGGUUCUGUGGAUAGUUGACACCCAUAGGUCAAUUGAGUGGGCACUUGAGGAGGAAAGACAGGAUGAUCCCGAGUCUGUCGAAUUUAAAAGACCCAAUGUGAUCACGGUUUCUAAUGGUGGGUCGAAAGUGUUGACGUGUUGA